AUGGCACACAGAGCAAGUGUUUAUGCCUAUAGGAAAAUUCUUCCCAGUCCGUUGUCACAGGAAAAGCGUGGUAGGUAUUCUGAAGAAGAUCUGUACGAUGAUAAGUACGAUGCGGAGGAACAAGAGCAACCUGAAGCGCAACAUCCCGCGUUGCCACCAAACCUGCCGCGUAUUGCUCCUACAAUUUCAUUGUCGGUCCGACCGGCCGUUGCCAUUGAGCCACGCACCUCUGGCUCUUCGGAUAACACCCCAGCCAUCCACUCGCUCGUCACUGCGUCUUCGGCCACACCAGUGCACACCGCAGUGAGCAGCCGUGUGGGCAGUUUCAGUGGUCAUAAGCGUGGAUCGCCUGGUGAAGUACUGACUUGGCAGAGUGGCCGGCUUGAGAGCAUUUUGUUACGCACCGAAUCCUCUCCCGCCCGACCUCCCGUUCACAUUCUACCUCUCCGCCCAGCUUUGGGCAAGCGAAAUUCUAUACAACGACCUACCGCAUCCUCGCCUAGCCUUUUCCCUAUUGGAGCCAAACAGGUAAGAGGUCGCCCUAGAGGAAGGCCUCGGAAGAACUGCGGUCCGGCCAACUACGCUACUGUCGAUCGUAUGGAAGCGACAAAUGAAAACGAGGAAAGAGAACCGGCGACCGAGGCUCAUGCGGACGUUUUACUUCCUCCACCUCCGGUCAUUUCCUCUACCUUUGUGCCUCGACCGCCACCAAAACGACCGGAACCCAAAUCCAAGAAUGAAUCAAUUCUGUUGCCCUUGUGGGAGUAUCAUCCUCCCACCAAAAACUCCCUUCCAGUUCUCGAUUUGAUGGUCAAAAGUGACCCUUUGGCGGCAAUCGAAUCAGACAAGAGCAACAUUGGUCCGAGUGCGCCUGGUUCAGUCCCUUCCGAAUCUGCGGGACAUUCUCAGACCCCUGGAGGUCCUCCUGGUGCACACAAUUCACAGUCCAUGGUGACCGGUCGGAUGAAAAGCAGCAGCAACGUGGGCGAAUUGAAUCCACAGGAGCUGAAGAACUACAGGCGUCUCAGUGGUUACACUCUCUUCGUUUUGGUGAACAAGCGCAAGUACGGAGCUUUGGCUGGUGGAGCGCUGUCUGUUGACGAUGUGAACGAGUUGGGGGAACCCAAUGCUGCGGGUCCGAAGGACGCGAAUCGUAAAUGGCAAGCUAUUUGGUCGACGUUACCCGAAAAAGUACGUAAACAGUGGAAAACAAAAGCAAAACGACUGCUCAAACAAUCUGAACAACAAGUCAAACAUGGCACUUGGGACAAGGAUCGUCUCUCUCGUGAUCGCCGACGUUUAGAGGGUCAGCUGGCCAGGAGCGAAGUGACUUCCACUGGUCUUCUUGACUUAGCGGCGCAUUUCCAACUCCUCAGCGAUUCUUUUGCAGCAUACGAAAAACAGUUGUCAGGUUACGAGGGUCUGAAAGUCGGUGAUCUGAUUAUCAAGUUCGAUUCAGUAACUGCCUCGAAUUUCAGAGGACUGCAAGAUAUCGCCUCGGUGAAUCAGAACGCCGCUCCCCUGAGCGCAAUACGUGUGGAUCUCGUCAGGCCUUCCAUGGCAAAUCAGAUGUUCCAUCUGCGAAUCCUCAAGCCUGCAGGCGGAACCAGUCUAGGCAUGCACGUCAGUGUUUUACGAUGACAAGAUUUGGUGGCCGUUGGCAAACAAUCCCACGUUCCAGUGCGCAUUCAUCAAACUUGGUCUCAGCCACAAUGGCAUUGUAUUGAUUGUGAAAACAACUCACAACCGUUUUCUACAUUUGUUUACAAAAUCUUCCGCUUGUUGGCAUAGUCUUUAUCACUCAACUGCUCCCCCGAUUUUCUGCCGUCUCGAGUGGAAUCAUUCUUGUUGAUGCGCCAUUUCUGAAACAUUUAUCCUUAUUUUCUUAUUGUGUAUGCCUUUGGAGAAAAAUUGUACUGGCGUUUCGAAUUGCAUAACGAAUAUCUGCUUACCAACAGGGUUUAUCGUCUGAUUUGCACAAGGUUCAGUGUCCUUGUGCUUCUCGA